UGCCGCCGGCUGGGAGCGCGGCGAGAGGGCGGUGCGGGCGCCGGGCGGUGCGGGGCGAGCGGCCCGGCCAUGUCUCUCGGGCAGGCGGCGUCGGGCUGAGCGGCCGUGCGCGCAGCGGGAGCGCUCUCCGCCACCAUGAGGCGGCUGCUGCUGCCCCUGCCCUGCCUGCUGCUGCUGCCGCCGCUGCUGCUGCUGCUGCCGGCCGAGGUCAGAUGUACAACUGCCUGCACUAAGAAUUGCAGUUCAGAAACAGGACCCACUAGUGAUGAUAAUUUAUCAGCAAACUCUACAAGUGGAAACAAAACCUAUGGAGGUGGAAGAUCAUCCACGGUUGUGUCACUAUCUGACAGUGAUCAGAGCAAUGUAACACUCUAUGAUCUCAAGGCAGAAUAUGUUGGUGAGACUUCUGUCAACUUAACGUGGGCAGUGAACGACUCUGCUUCCAGCUCCUACAAGUACAGGAUAGAGGUUGCAAGUAGUACCUCUGUUUGGAACCUGACAUCUGAGGUCCCCAAAAUUGAAAUUACUGAUUUAAUUCCUGGGACAAAGUACAAUUUCACAGUAUUUGCAGGAGUCAAUGACAGUCAGACAGAAGGAGAAGGAGUGUCCAUAAUGGUGUAUACAAAGCCCAGCCCAGUCCAUGAUCUCAAGGCAGAAUUUGUUGGUGAGACUUCUGUCAACUUAGCAUGGGCAGUGAACGACUCUGCUUCCAGCUCCUACAAGUACAGGAUAGAGGUUGCAAGUAGUACCUCUGUUUGGAACCUGACAUCUGAGGUCCCCAAAAUUGAAAUUACUGAUUUAAUUCCUGGGACAAAGUACAAUUUCACAGUAUUUGCAGGAGUCAAUGACAGUCAGACGGAAGGAGGAGGAGUGUUCAUAAGCGUCUUUACAAAGCCCAGCCCAGUCCAUGAUCUCAAGGCAGAAUUUGUUGGUGAGACUUCUGUCAACUUAGCAUGGGCAGUGAAUGACUCUGCUUCCAGCUCCUACAAGUACAGGAUAGAGGUUGCAAGUGGUACCUCUGUUUGGAACCUGACAUCUGAUGCCCUCACAAUUGAAAUUACUGAUUUAAUCCCUGGGACAAAGUACAAUUUCACAGUAUUUGCAGGAGUCAAUGACAGUCAGACAGAAGGAGAAGGAGUGUCCAUAAGCCUCUGUACAAAGCCCAGCCCAGUCCAUGAUCUCAAGACAGAAUUUGUUGGUGAGACUUCUGUCAACUUAGCAUGGGCAGUGAAUGACUCUGCUUCCAGCUCCUACAAGUACAGGAUAGAGGUUGCAAGUGGUACCUCUGUUUGGAACCUGACAUCUGAUGCCCUCACAAUUGAAAUUACUGAUUUAAUCCCUGGGACAAUGUACAAUUUCACAGUAUUUGCAGGAGUCAAUGACAGUCAGACGGAAGGAGGAGGAGUGUCCAUAAGCGUCUUUACAAAGCCCAGCCCAGUCCAUGAUCUCAAGACAGAAUUUGUUGGUGAGACUUCUGUCAACUUAGCAUGGGCAGUGAAUGACUCUGCUUCCAGCUCCUACAAGUACAGGAUAGAGGUUGCAAGUGGUACCUCUGUUUGGAACCUGACAUCUGAUGCCCUCACAAUUGAAAUUACUGAUUUAAUCCCUGGGACAAUGUACAAUUUCACAGUAUUUGCAGGAGUCAAUGACAGUCAGACAGAAGGGGAAGGAGUGUCCAUAAGCAACUGUACAAUUCCUGCCUUAGUGAAUUCAUUUCAGUGUGAGCCACUGGCCAAGCAGUCUUCCUUAAUGCUAAAGUGGAAAUGUCCUUCUGGUAACAAUUCUGGCUUCAAAAUUAAAAUAUUUAAUGAUUCAUGGGAAAAAGAGGACUUGCCUCCAUCCUGCAUGAGAGAAGGCACAGAGGAAACCUUCAGAAUAGAAUCUUUAAGUUAUUUCAGCACCUAUACUGUUACUAUUGCAACUCUUUCAAACGGUUUUGAAAGUGCUGCAGUGCAGGAAACGUGUAAUACAAGCAUUACUGACCCACCAACACCAAACAAAGCUCCUUUAGUCAAGGCACUCAGCCACAGCUCAUUGUCUGUUGAGUUCUCGGAUUUUGAGUCAGUGAAUGGACCAUUACAAGCCUAUGCAGUAAUGAUCACAACAGAAGAACAAGGUUGUGGGUCACUGAAGUCUAAUUUAAACAACACAUACAAAGAUUUCAAGAAGAAGAUGACAGUCACCUAUGUAACAUAUGUCAUAGAUACAGAGCAGGCAAAAUCACCUUCUUUCCAUUCCCAGAAUGGUGCAAACAUCAUUAAUGUAGGCAAAGGAAACACAAUGUAUGGCUACGAAAACGGACCAUUGAUUCCACUUGGUUCCUACAGGGCAAGUGUUGCAGGAUUCACUAAUAUAACCUUUACUAUGGCCAACGUCAUUGCGGGGGAAGAUAGUUAUGUGUCAUUUUCACCCUGCUCUGAGGCAGUUUUGCUACCCCAGGAUCCAGGUGUUAUUGCUGGAGCCGUUAUUGGAUGUCUUUUAGCUAUAUUGGCUGUAGUUGCUAUCGGUGGUUUCAUAUUCUGGAGAAGGAGAAGGAAAGAUAAAAGAAAUACUGAAGUGUCCUUUUCUCCAAUUAAAUCAAAAAUGAUUAAAGUGGAGAACUUUGAGUCCUACUUUAAGAAGCAGCAAGCUGACUCCAACUGUGGUUUUGCUGAAGAGUAUGAGGAACUCAAGUCUGCUGGUGUUCAUCAGCCCAAGUUUGCUGCAGAACUUGCUGAGAACAGAGGAAAAAAUCGAUACAACAAUGUCUUACCAUAUGAUAUUUCUCGUGUUAAACUUUCAGAUCAAAACUCUGCAACUGAUGAUUAUAUCAAUGCAAACUAUAUUCCUGGCUAUAACUCAAGGAAGGCAUUCAUUGCUGCACAGGGCCCUUUAUCCAACACUAUAGAAGACUUCUGGCGCAUGAUUUGGGAGAAGAAUAUCUACUCUAUUGUUAUGUUGACAAAAUGUGUUGAACAAGCCCGGACAAAAUGUGAGCCAUACUGGCCAGACAAACAAUCCAAGAGCUAUGGUGACAUUAUUGUGACAAUAGUCUCAGAGAUUGUCCUUCCAGAAUGGACAAUAAGGGACUUCACUGUAGAAAAGUCCAACACACCGGAGAGCCACACGGUGCGCCAGUUCCAUUUCACCUCCUGGCCAGAUCAUGGAGUGCCAGAGACAACAGACCUUCUCAUCAACUUUAGACACCUUGUUCAUGAGUACAGCAGUCAAAAUCCAAUUGACUCUCCUACGCUGGUGCACUGCAGUGCUGGUGUUGGCAGGACAGGGACGUUCAUUGCCAUCGACCGCCUGAUUCAGCAGAUGGAAAUGGAGGGCACGGUGGAUGUGUACGGAGUGGUGUACGACCUUCGCAUGCACCGGCCUCUCAUGGUGCAAACUGAGGACCAGUACGUCUUCCUAAACCAGUGCGUUAUGGAUAUUAUUAGAUCCCAGAAAGACAAGAAGACUGAUCUUAUUUACCAAAACAUGACAGCCAUGGCAAUCUAUGAAAAUUUCACACCUGGGCCGGGCUUUGGGAAGGCCAAUGGCUACCACACAUAGUCUGGAAGGAUGCAGUGUCUCCGAGUGUUACCUGCACAUACGAAAGGCAGAUGUUCCACUCUUGUGUUCCAGGAUUGUGUGCAGCGUCUCACGUCUGGCUUCUCCAGUGCUGUCUGCAUUCAGAGAGGUGAUCUGCAGGAGGAAAAACACAAUGCUGGCAGGAGCCGCAGAUUGAGAUUUAAAAGACAAAAACCGAGCAAAAUUAUUUAAAGUUAACAGAGGAAUCUUGCUUUUUCUUGGGAACUUAACAGUGCUGAUAGCUGAAAUAGCAUAUGCAGUAAGAACAGUGAACUAGAAUUUAAACAUUAAAAUAAUAACACAA